GAGCUAUUAGCACUAUUGCCACCAGUACAGUAGUGUCCCCUGACGAGGAUGCUUUCUAUAUGAUCAUUUUGAUUGUUCGAAAAUUGUCAUUCAGAAAAUCUAAUUUCCUCUGUUUUUAAAAUAGAAAAUUUGAAAAAGUAUAAAUAAGAGCAUCCAAACCACUACUAUCCUUUGUUUAACUCAUCGAAAAUACUCAUCUGCAACAACCGCAACUUACAAUACUACCUACAAUGCUACAAAACAAAUUAUUAAUCAUCCGUCACUACUUUGUGCUUUGCGCUUUGUUGGCGUUUUUGGGUGCUUUCUCCAUUGCUCAGCAGCAACAACAGCCACCCGCAGCACCAGCAACGACGACGAAUAGUACUAGUACUACGACAACGACGACCAAGCAACCUCAAGUUUAUUCGGGCUGGGCUACAUACCAUAACGCGGCUGGCGAAGAAGUUGGCUCUUGUGGCCAACCUGCCAACGACAACGACUAUAUAGUAUCUUUGAGUGCCAAGAUGAUGUCCCAAGAAUACCAGUGUGGCCGAAACGUUACGCUGACGACCGGUCGUAAAUCCGUCAACGUGAUGGUCACAAGCACCUGCGAAGGUUGUUCUCAAUAUGACGUUGUUCUUACCCCCGCUGCUUUCAAACGAUUGGGUAGCAUCGCUCAGGGCCGCAUCCCUGUCAAAUGGUCUUUUUCUGAUUAAAAAACCAGCUACUCAUCAGUAAAAACAACCCAUCUUAUAUUGCUUUAGUAGUAUCAUUAUGUUAGAGAGUAGCAGUAUCUUGAUUCCCUUUUUGCAUGUAGCAUCCAUACGCUUUAGAUUGGAUUAUAUAUGCUGUUGUUUUACUAAAAUAAAACACGUCGUACAUACACUUUUUUUUACUUUAAUCGUAUACUCACAUAGCAUUCUCUACAAUCACAAGUACUGCAGCGCAUACAGCCCAAACGAUGAGAACAAGAUGCUUGUAUACUAUAGAUAACAACAGUAGCUAAUAUGGAUUUGCUAGAGUAGCUAUAAAUAAACAACAGCCCUGCAGGUGCAUUUCGUGGUUAGCCCUCUUGCAUAUUGCAGUCUUUUUGAUUUUCCCUUUUUAAACAAAGUCUAAGGACCCAUCCACAGCUAAGCAGUACGGUGCUA